GUUACGAAAGAGAGAUCAGUGGAAAUAUCAGGCUGGGGUAAAUACAUUUAGUUAGGACACAGGAUCUUUUGGCGUAUUUAGGGAUCACAUUUCAAAACAGCGAGAGCAGAAGGGAGUAAUUUCUGGACAGUAUACCAUUUCUGGCAAUAUGGCAACACGGCUCCUGAAACGACCUCCAAGAAAGCUUGCAUAUUUUCCGAGCAUGAGAGCAGUGUUGUCGUAUUUAAAAGGGGACAGCAAAUUUGGUGCUGCUCCAUUAUCAACUGCUGUUUCACAGUAUCAAAACCAAAAUGUUUCAGGUCAACCUAUAGCAUCACACCACAAAAUUCAUUACUCAGCAGAUUUUAGUACAUACAAAAGAUCCCCAUCUGUCCAAGCCCUUGUUGCCUCCUGGCCAAUGGAUCCUCAUUUUCCACUCCCUGGUAAUGUUGGCUUAGAUUAUGGGCAGUUUGCAGAGGAUCAGAGUGGAAACAACAUAAAGGAAACUAGGAAAACAUUGGCCAAUGCUUUCCUUGAGGCAGAAUCAGAAGAAUACCGAAAACAACUUGUUCUCAGCCAAUUUAUUGAUGAAAAAUUCAAGGAAGAAAUCCAAGAAGCUUCAAUGAGCACUGUAUUUCCAAUUACAAAACAACAUGAUGUUGAAUGCUCAAUUCAAGAAUGCCCAAAGUUCAUCAAGAAAAGUUUCAAUGAUUUGUUUCCAAAUCGUGUUUUCCAAAAUGAUGAUGAUCUUACAGUAAUAACUGUAAGUCAAAGAACACAAAAUGACAUGACGGUGUGGUCAGAAGAAGUUGAGAAAGAAAGAGAGACCCUAUUUGAAGUUUUUGUUGAAAAUGCAAAGCAAGUCUGUGAGCACCUUCAGUCUGCUGGCUAUUGGGCAGAUUUCAUUGAUCCAGCUUCAGGAAAAGCUUUUUUCAGUGAUCAUAGCAACUCAACAUUGUUCGAAACAGAUGAACGGUUCAAUCACCUUGGAUUCACCAUUGACGACCUUGGAUGUUGCAAAGUCAUUAGGCAUAAACUUUGGUCUACAAAUGUAUUUGUUGGGACUAUCUUUACAAAUGCUCCAACCGACUGUGAGAUUUUCAAGCACUUUUCUCCGCCUCAUAAUUAAUAGGACAUGAUUUUCUUCGCGUUUUGUUUGAAGCUGAUGUAUUGUUAACACCCCAUACAUGCUUAAUUUAAUUAUAUAUCAACGCAACAUCGCAACAUUUCAUAACAAUUUUAGGUUUUGGAAGUUUCUUGGCUUACAUUUGUGGUUUGUAAAAUGAAAUAAUUUCUGGUGUUUAAUAAACGCUUUCCAUUAAACCCAAUUAAUGUAUAAACGCUAAUAAUGAUACUAAAUAACACAA